GUUAAGCUGGAGAAGUAAAAUUCUUUACAAGAAGGCAGAAAUGGAGGAGAGAACAGCCUUGCAAACAGAGGAAGUUAGCUUGAUCACAGGAUUUCCGUCAGAGACACUUUACACUGCAAGUGCAAGCAUGGAUGAAGCAAGUGUUGAAGUACAAAAAGAAGCACCUGAAUUUUAGUCAGAAGCCGAGAUGCAGAUGUUAAUGCCCGAGCCUCAGAUUGCUGUGGAAAGAACUCUGGCCCUCAUCAAACCAGAUGUCAUUGCUAAAGAAGAAGAAAUAGAGGACAUCAUUCUCAGAUCAGGAUUCCUGAUCGUUCAGAAACGGAAGCUCCAGUUAAGCCCAGAGCAAUGUAGCAACUUUUAUGCAGACCAAUAUGGAAAAAUGUUUUUUCCUAAUUUAACAGCCUAUAUGAGUUCUGGACCUUUAGUUGCUAUGGUUCUUGCCAGACAUUGUGCAGUCUCAUACUGGAAGGAGUUGCUUGGACCAUCAAACAGCAUAAAAGCUAGGAAAACUCACCCUGACAGUUUAAGAGCCAUCUAUGGGACCGAUGAUCUGAGGAAUGCACUUCAUGGCAGUCAUAACUUUUCCUCAGCAGAAAGAGAAAUUCGAUUCAUGUUUCCAGAAGUGAUCCUGGAGCCAAUUCCAGCUCGACAAGGAGCUGUGGAUUACUUGAACCUUUAUGUAAAUCCUACUUUACUAGCUGGACUCACUGCGCUUUGUAAAGAGAAACCAGCAGAUCCAAUGACUUGGCUCGCUGAAUGGCUGAUUGAACACAAUCCCAAUAAACCUAGGUUACAACAUCAGACCAUUGAGGCAGAGCCUCGAGGAUGACAGCUUAGGGGAAACCAUCUCAGGCAUUCCAAGUUAAAGAUACGUGUUAGCAUUUUCAAUGCAUUUCUUGGAUGUGUAAUUAAUAUUAUCUGGAGUAAAUGUUAUUGUCAUAACUUCCUAUAUCUUUAUGGGAUAAAUAAGCUUACACUUAACAAGGAUUUAACAGUUCUAGGAGUUUUUCUGUAGACUUAGCGAAUAUAGAAUCGCAUGAUAAACUUACUGUGCCAGCUGAUAAAGAAAGAAAGAAUCAUCAUCAGGUGUUAUUUAACUGCUGUUUUCCUUACUUGUCUUGAUUUAGCUGUUUGGGGAAAAGGAAAUUAUUUACACCACUGCAGCUUCCCCAAUGACAUACAGCUGAUCUCUACUUUGUGAAACUGAGGCUUGUGUUUCAACACUUGUUUAGCAGACACACAUUCCAUUCUGAAAGGAGGUACCUGGAUGUAACUUAGUUACUGGGUGCAUAUUAGUGAUUUCAGCAUUAUAAUUGCUGAUUAAACCACCCAGCUGAGGUUACUCUUAAAGGUCAUUCACUUUUGUCCGAGGUAUUUUGUCAGAAUAUAAUUUGGAGGAAGACAUUAAAUGCAUCUUUCCCAUCUCACUGGCAAAACGCACAAUGAUUAUAAAUCAGUCUUUGAUUUCCAUUAAAAAUCACAAGCAGAUAUAUUUCUGGCAAAGAACAAUGGUGUGUUCCAACAUUUGCUUAGAAGAAAGAUGUUUAAUUGCAACAGCUCACCCUAAAGGAUGGUAUUUGUGUUCUUCUACUGCUUUUAGAAGGUACGCUGAAUUCUUUUGUUUUCUUCAUUGUUGCUUACACUUUAAUUUGUUCUAUUAGAGAAUUUCAGGAGAAUGGGUUAGGGGCCUUGCUAGUCGAAAGGCAGUUUUUUUUUUUUUUUCUUUUUUAAGAGCUUGCUUACGCUGUUAGCUUCAAGCUUUGUGUCUUACGGCUUUCCUGGCUAGGAUGGAGAAAAAGUAGUUCUCACAACUUUGAAGUAUUAGUGUGCUUGACCAAUAUUAAACAAAUAAGCAAUUUCAUAAUUUAUUUUAUAAAAAACCUUGCUUCCCCCAACUUGAGUAAUUACAGAAACAUCAGUCAUUUGUAGCAUUAAUUUUUUUUUCAGCUAAUUGUUUAUCUUCUCGUUGGGAAGAACCAGUAUUGCCAGCUCAAAGAAUAAACAUUCAGAUGACUGGUCCCAAAAAUAAUGAGACCUAAAAAAACAAUUGUGACUUUUUGCAACCUCCCCCCACCAAAAGACAAAGUAACAGAACAAAAACCAAACCUCAGAUAUGAAGAAAAAAUAUGAGAUGGUUAGAAACAACAGUAAACAGAUCUGUUUAUAACUAAUUUCUUUUGCCUAUAAUUAUUUCUGCCACCUGUAAGUGUCUGCUCCAGUUACAGGAUACUUUUGCUUUGUAGUUUCUUGUCUGCAAAACCAAAAGUUUUCUUCUUUAGAGACGCCAGAAACAAAAAUUUAUUGAAUUCAGAACAUGUUCUCCUACCCUUUUUUAGUCACUAUGGCAUUUGCUUACGCCUCUUGAUGUGAUACUGCUUGACAAUAAAUAUCUCCUUUUUAUUACUGUUGAA